AUGGCUGAGCCCACAGAGCAGGGCCCCAAGAACCCACGUGUGUCUGAUGUGACGGUUCAGCUGGAGAUGAAGGCUCUGUGGGAGGAAUUCAACCAGCUGGGCACAGAGAUGAUUGUCACCAAGGUGGGCAGGAGGAUGUUCCCCACCUUCCAGGUGAAGAUCCUGGGCAUGGACACGCUGGCUGACUACGCCCUGCUCAUGGACUUCAUGCCUUUGCAUGACAAGAGAUACAGGUAUGCCUUCCAUAGCUCAGCCUGGCUGGUGGAGGGCAAGGCGGACCCAACCACGCCUGGCCGCGUGCACUUCCACCCCGACUCGCCGGCCAAGGGCGCACAGUGCAUGAGCCAGAUUGUGUCCUUCGACAAGCUCAUGCUGACCAACAACCUGCUGGACGACAACGGCCACGUGAGGCCCGGGCCACACCCUGUGCACCGCUACCAGCUGCGCUUCCACGUGGUCUUCGUGGACCCACGCAAAGACAGCGAGCGCUACACGCAGGAGAACUUCGAGUCCUUCAUCUUCACGGAGACCCAGUUCACGGCCGUGACGGCAUAUCAGAACCACCGGAGCACCCAGCUGAAACUCACCAGCAACCCUUUUGCCAAGGGCUUUAGGGAGAGUGACCCGGACGCCUGGCCUGUAUCUCCACGGCCCCUGCUCAGCGUCCGGACCCGGAGUCGCAGAAGCCUCCGCCCCUGCCUGCCGAAGGGCUCCACAGAGCAGGAGAAAGACCCCCUAAACGCCGACCCCGAACAUCCUGGAGCACUUCCUCUGAGGUCCCGGACCCCCGCGGGCGCGGAGAAACGCGGGUCCUGGCGGGGCCUUAACAGCCAGACACCCCGACUCGCGAACCCCGCGGUCAGCACGUCCGUGCCCGGUCGCCGGGCUAGGCGCGACGCCAGCUGCUCUAGGCGUUCGUAAGAGGACAC